AUGGGUUGCCACUAUUUUCUCAUUUGUGGUAUUCGCGGCACCGAUAAAAGCUGUGGUAUUUGGAUAUCUAGGAAGUUUUAUGUCACUGAUGGUCUACCUCGCUCCAAUGAAAGUAUGAAAGUUGGGAAAUUUGUGGGCCUAGGCAUUGUUAUUGUAUUUGUGACAAUUAUUGUCACGUACAUAACACUGCAAAAUAAAAUUAUAUUCCGAAUUAAGAUUGUGGGGUGGGUGGCAACUUUUUUCUCGCUGAUUGUAUUUGGGGCACCAAUUAAGAAUGUGAUUGAAGCAUUUAAGACCCGCAACAAUGAAUUUGUGCCCAUCCAAUUAAUAUGCUGCCUAACCCUGACCGGGCUUGCAUGGCUCGGAUAUGGGUUAGCCAAAAAAGAAAUAGUUAUAAUAGUUUUGUUAGCUAUUUUUGCCAAGUCGAAGCCAUUUGGAAGUGAAACCGAUUAUUCAAGCCGAGAAAGUGGUCAUUACGACCCAGAUCGUGAUCCAGGAACUUCGGAUCGCGAUCUGGAUGCAAAUUCCAGAGCAGCCACUGCGGAUCCGAAUCUCCAUCUUGCCAAUUUCUUGGAGAUUUGUGACACGAUCAAAGUUAAUGGUGUUUCUGAUGAUGCCAUUCGAUUGAAGCUAUUCUCAUUUUCUGUUAGAGACAAAGCGAAGAGUUGGCUUCUGAGUCUUAAUCCAUGA